GGUUGUCGUACGAAAUAGUUUUGAUGCGUGUAACAUGAACGACCUGACAGGUUCAUUCAGAGUUUAUUGGGUGGAGAAGGUAAUACCAUAUGACAUGUAGACAGGUUCUGUGGUCAGCGAGAUGUCCUUGCUUUGUAGUUGGGGUCAGUCCACAGAUGGUCAGCUGGGACUGGGUGGCAUUGAUGAUGACCGCAUCUCCUGUCCCAGGGAAGUGACAUUGUUGAGCAAAUGUAACAUCAAGGAUGUUAGUUGCGGGAACAAACACACAGUUAUUGUGUCCAAAGAUGGAGUGGUGUAUACAUGUGGGAAUAAUGAUGCUGGCCAACUGGGUCACGACAAAUCAAGGAAAAAACCAGAACAGGUGUUAUCUUUAGAAGCUUGCCAUAUAAACCAAGUAUCAGCAGGUGGAAAUCAUAAUCUAGUUGUGAAUUCAAGUGGAGAGGUAUACAGCUGGGGAGAUAACUCAGGUGGGCAGCUUGGACAUGGAGAUAUACAAGGUGAUUUACACAGGACCCCCAGGUUGGUGAAGGCUCUGAGUGGUCAAAAAGUGAUACAGGUGUCUUGUGGAGAAUGCCACUCUCUGGUACUCACAAAUGACAGCAGGGUGUUUACUUGGGGAAGCAACAGCUUUGGUCAGUUAGGAAUAGGGAAGAACAGAAGUGGUCAAAAGUCACCUCAGCUGCUGGACUGUUUGAAAGGGAUUCCCAUGCGGAUGAUUACAGCUGGCGCCAAUCAUUCCUGUGUAUUGUCCUUGUCUGGAGCGCUCUUUGUUUGGGGGAAAAACUCGUUUGGGCAGCUGGGAGUGAAUGAUCAAAAAGACCGUCACUUUCCUACACUAUGCAAAUCCCUACGAAGCCUAAAAGUGAUGUAUGUGGCUUGCGGGGGUGAUCAUACUGCAGUUCUCUCAGAGGAUGGAGGUGUUUUUACAUUUGGUGCUGGCAUGUAUGGACAACUGGGCCAUGGCUCACAGAAUACAGAGUUUCUGCCCAAAAAGGUGUUGGAGUUGAUGGGUAGUAUAGUGACACAGAUAGCAUGUGGAAGAUGCCACACCCUAGCCUUUGUAUUAGGCAGUGGAAAAAUCUACUCUUUUGGCCUGGGGGGUAACGGACAGCUAGGUUUGGGGGACACAGCCAACCGUAGUGUCCCAUCAGCCAUUAAAGCUCAGUUUGAGAAUAACUCUAUGGCAGGACGAUCAGCUGACAGCGUUGUUUGGGUGGAGAAGAUCUUUGCUGGUGGUGACCAGUGUUUCUGUCAGGUGUCAUGGUCUCAGCCUGUUUGCCCGGAAGAUUUCCGUGUGCUGAAGGAGGAUAGGAGAAUUCUUCACUUGUCAGAUCAGAUAGUGGAUAGAAUAUGCGAAUUAAGUGUUGAUGAUAGACCUCCAGCAGAACUGUCAGAAAAAUGUGAGAUGUUAUUUGGUUCAGCGUCUUGCCUUAACUCUUCAUUCCUGAUGAGGGAGAACAAACACUUUAGAGCCAGCAGCAAGAAUCAUGGUGUAGAUCUGGAAUCUGCCAAGUGUCUGCUUCAGAGACUGGGAGAAAUGAAAAAUAAAAUAUUAUCACACAUUAUCUGCGGGACCUUGGAGAGUAAGUUGUUGAGGGAGUUACCGUCUUCUCCGCCUGAUGUGGAGGCUCUCAGACUCUACCUGUUCCUUCCUCUUUGCCAUCUCUUUGACAACCCUAGACACUACAGGACCAUUAUCUGCCCAUUUGGAGAAUCCAUCAUCAAACUGGAUAAAUCAGCAUCCAAAAUAAUAGAUCUUUGGUGGUCUUCUCAGAAGGCAGAAGAAAUCAACAGGCUAGUGUAUAUCUACAAGCAAGUGGUGGUGUACAUACUGAACUUACCCUCUCCAACAGACCAGAAUGAUGUCAUGGGCCGACAGCGUUGUUUACAUACUUCUAUGGAGGUGCUCAAGAAACUUAACUCUGUGAAUGAGAUGAAUGGCCAGAUCAUUCCAUACCAUCGCUUCUACAUAGCGGAGCUCACAGAAAAAGUCAACAUCAAAGCAGAUUAUGUGAACUGGGUACAGGUCAAUAGCUCUUCUAAUCCUGGACUGUUGUCCUUCUGUAACUACGCUUUUGUGUUUGAUGCAAAGGCUAAGACUAUGCUCCUUCAAACAGAUGCUGUUAUGCAGAUGCAGUUUGCUAUAGAUGAAGUGUACCGCCGUAACAUCUCCAGUAUGUUGAUGCAUUUGGCACCUGUUAACCCUCUGAACCCUUGCCUCAUCCUCUGUGUGUCUCGGAACAACCUUGUACAGGACACCAUCCUACAGCUCAGCAAACAGGGGGCCGCAGACUUCAAGAAACCACUCAAAGUGUUAAUCCAAGGAGAAGAGGCUAUUGAUGCUGGUGGUGUCAAAAAGGAAUUUUUCCUGCUGAUACUACGAGAGGUGUUGGACCCAAAAUAUGGAAUGUUUAAGUACCAUGAAGAAUCAAGGCGAAUUUGGUUCCAAAAAGAGACCUUUGAGGAGGAGGGUAUGUUCCACCUAAUAGGUGUACUCUGUGGACUUGCCAUUUACAAUUCCAUAAUCAUAGACAUUCACUUCCCUCUGGCUCUCUACAAGAAGAUCCUCAACAGACCUGUGACAUUAGAUGAUCUCAAGGAUUUGAUGCCAUCAGUUGGGAGGAGUUUACAGUGCAUUCUGGACUAUGAAGGAGAUGACUUUGAAGAACUGUUUGAUCUCACCUUUGAGGUGAGUGAGGACUACUUUGGUGAGCUGAGAAGUGUGGAGUUAUCACAUGAAGGGAAGACUAGACAGGUGACCAAGGAAAACCGAAAGGAAUAUGUUGAUGCUUACAUUGACUACAUAUUCAACAAGUCUGUGGAGAAGAAUUUCAGAUCUUUCAAUGAGGGAUUUCACAAAGUGUGUGGUGGUCGAGUCCUGGAAUUGUUUCACCCAAAAGAACUGGAAGCCAUGGUUGUGGGAAAUGAAAAUUACGAUUUCCAUGAGCUAGAGAAGAAUACAGAGUACAAGGACGAUUUCCAUCGAUAUCAUCCCACCAUCAAGAUAUUCUGGGAAGUCUUUCAUGAUUUAUCACUGGAGGAAAAGAAGAAAUUUCUGUUAUUCCUGACUGGCAGUGACCGUAUUCCAAUCCUGGGCAUGAAGGCAGUUAAGUUGUUCAUUCAGCCAGCAGGGGGUGGAGAGGAUUUCUUACCUGUGGCUCACACCUGUUUUAACCUGCUGGAUUUACCUAGAUACACCAGCAAGGACAGACUGAGACAGAAGCUACUCCAUGCUAUAGAAAACUCUCAAGGCUUUGGCAUUGUGUGAAGAAUUGAUCUGGGCCAAAGAGUCGACCUGGAUGCCACUGCUGAGACUUGCAAACCCAAGAUGUUCUCAGAGACAUGGAGUGAUGUCUGGUUGAACAUACGUUUUGAAGUUUUAAUGUAAAUGUUUGUUAAAAAAAAAAUAAACUUUAUAUUAAGUCAUAUAGAUAAACUAGUCCAAUGUAGUGAGGCAUGGCUUCUGGGCAACUGUAAUUGUGGUUAUUUUUGUAGUCAUAACCAUGCAUGUAGCUUAAAAAGUGUGAUGCUCAGUGAGUUAACCAGGUGUGAUGCUCAGGUUAAGUAUUUCCACAUACAGCUGUAUACCAUAUUGUGUUUAGUUAUUAAAUUUCAUGUGUUAUCACCAAACCUGUGUACCCUGAAUAGUGUUCAGUAACACCUCUGUCUAUAACUGCUGCCUACUAAGACACUAUAUGAUUGUCUUCCACUGCACUGUCUGACCCAUGGGGUAUUUUAUGAAAUGUUUGCUCAAUGUCACAGAAUCUGUGAUAUGCAUAACCUUCAGUUAUAAUUAUUUUAAUAUGUUAUCUAUUGUUUAAGUGCAUUGGUAACUUUAAAGUUGUUUGUUCUUUUUAAAUCAUAUUGUGUAAUGUAGCUCUGCAUGAAGCUAUUUUACUAAGCCUUAAUCAACGUUUAAAUGAAUCCAUAUAGUGUGACAUGAGCAGUAAAGGUAAGUGAGCUGAGGUUAAAAGUAAGUAUUGAGAUGUUGGACAUGUAUAAUGGUGUUGUAUUUGUAUUUGUACUACAUACAUAAUUGAAGAAUAUGUAGGUGGAAUUAGUGCUGGUUAUUGUUAAGCGUAUGAAGUAUAAAUGCAUGUACUGGUAUGUUUGUUGUAGAAAACAUGUAAGAGUAGAUUUACAUGGAUUAUAUUCUGGCUGAUUUCUGGAAAGUGUUUUCACCAAAAAAAACUGUGCUAAAAAAACAUCAGUAGCCUCUUUUCGUGCCCUGCCGUCCUGUUCACCUUAUAUUUGUAUUCAUUGAAAAUAUGUUAGAUCUACUUUCUUAUUGGAGCCAAAAUAAAUUUUACUCUUAGAAUUUGCAUCAUAUAUUAGUCCAACUUGUAAUAAUAACUUACAGUAUCAUGUGACAUUGAAAAUUGUAUAAGAUGUAGGCUACUUACAAAUUGAGAAAAACAUCCAGUCCAGAUAGUUGCACCUUGCAGCAUGUAGGCUGUUGAAAGAAGUUGAUUCUUUUUGUACGUGUUGAAUUUUGUUGAGUUUUUGUUUAGGUAAGGUUGUAUCCAUGGUGUAUAGUUUGAGAUUUGCAGAUAAGUGUGGGAAACAGAUUAAAAAUUAUUGGUAGGAUUAUGUUGAACAAUAAUUUUCAAUGUCAGAAUUACUGAGUGAUAAAUUAGUGAUCGUACCUUCAGUUACUUACUACGUCUUUUGUCCAAGAUAAUCCAUACUCAGUAGCAUAGGACAGAAAUCACAUUUAGGUCAUUAACUACACAGAUGGAAUCCCAAAGCCCAUGCUGUUGUAGUUAUCCAUGAAAAAUGCUCAUCCUCAGAAAUUCGUUUUUUUGUUUAAUUGUAACUAAGAGUACGGUACAUAUGUUUUUGAAGACAUGUUGGUGUAGAUAUAUUGCAGGCAGUUAAUUUUUUUCUUUCAGUUAUGUGAAAACAGCUUGAAUAUUUACAUAUAUGUGUAUAUAUUCAUUGUUGCUGAAACAAGGCAGUGCUUUGGAAAUAAGGUGCAUCGGUGGAAAGAAUAGCUUUAUGCAUUUGUUUGUUGAAAAUAUGUAACUUCUCAGGGUAUGGUAACCUAGAACAAUACCAGUAUAAAUACCAGUACAGUUUCUAAAAAUACUGGUUCUGUUAGUAUACUGAUGUCAAAUUGUAUUAUAAUAAAUGUAUAA